CUGUAGGCAGCACCAACACAAGGGAUCAACCCUUUAACACUGCUGUUAGAGGGAGUCUUAAGUUCUCAACUGUGAAAGAUGCUGUGCAGUGGUCUAGAAAUGUAGCUACACUGGAUGGAGAAGAACCAGAGGACUCCGCUGAUGUGGAAAGCUGUGGGUCUAAUGAAGCCAGCACUGUGAGUGGUGAAAAUGAUGUGUCUCUGGAUGAAACAUCUUCAAAUGCAUCCUGCUCUACAGAGUCUCAGAGCAGGUCCCUCUCCAAUCCCAGGGACAGCCACAGGGCUUCCUCACAGGCAAACAAACAAAAGAAAAGGACUGGGGUCAUGCUGCCUCGUGUUGUUCUGACUCCUCUGAAGGUAAACGGGGCCCACGUGGAACCUGCAUCGGGGUUCUCAGGCCGUCAUGCAGAUGGUGAGAGUGGCAGUCCAUCCAGCAGCAGCAGCGGCUCUCUGGCUUUGGGCAACAGUGCUAUUCGAAGCCAGGCUGAGGUCACUCGGGACCCUGCCCCUCUCUUGAGAGGCUUCCGGAAGCCAGCCACAGGUCAAAUGAAGCGCAACAGAGGGGAAGAGGUAGAUUUUGAGACGCCUGGGUCCAUUCUUGUUAACACCAAUCUUCGUGCUUUGAUAAACUCUCGGACCUUCCAUGCCCUGCCAUCACACUUCCAGCAGCAACUCCUCUUCCUCCUGCCUGAAGUGGAUAGACAGGUGGGGACGGAUGGCCUGUUGCGCCUCAGCAGCAGUGCACUCAAUAAUGAGUUUUUCACCCAUGCAGCUCAGAGCUGGAGGGAACGCCUGGCUGAAGGUGAAUUCACUCAUGAGAUGCAAGUCAGGCUAAGACAGGAAAUGGAAAAGGAGAAGAAGGUGGAACAAUGGAAGGAAAAGUUCUUUGAAGAUUACUAUGGACAGAAAUUGGGUUUGACCAAAGAAGAAUCACUGCAGCAGAAAGAAGACCAGGAGGAGGCCAAAAUCAAGAGUGGCUUUUGUGUCUCAGGGGAGUCAGUGCGGCCACAGCGUGGGCCCAACACCCGUCAACGGGACGGGCAUUUUAAGAAACGUUCUCGGCCAGAUCUCCGAACCAGAUCUAGAAGGAAUCUGUACAAAAAACAGGAGCCAGAACAAGCAGGGGUUGCUAAAGAUGCAAAUGCUGCACCCGAUGUUUCACUCUCUAAAGAUGCUAAGACCGACUCACCAGGGGUGAACAGUCCCCCUGGGCCAGAUGUGUCCUCCCCAGCAUCUGGACAGGAGGGUCCCAAGUGUCCAAGUGAACCUGUGGCUUCCCAGAUACAAACAGAAAUGGACAACUUGGCCUGUGCCUCUGCAUCUCCAGACAGAACCCCUACCUUACCUCAGGACAGUGUGGAUCAAGAAACAAAGGAUCAGAAGAGGAAAUCCUUUGAGCAGGAAGCCUCUGCAUCCUUUCCCGAAAAGAAGCCCCGGCUUGAAGAUCGUCAGUCCUUUCGUAACACAAUUGAAAGUGUUCACACCGAAAAGCCACAGCCCACUAAAGAGGAGCCCAAAGUCCCGCCCAUCCGGAUUCAACUUUCACGUAUCAAACCACCCUGGGUGGCUAAAGGUCGGCCCACUUACCAGAUAUGCCCCCGGAUCGUCCCCAUCACGGAGUCUUCCUGCCGGGGUUGGACUGGUGCCAGGACCCUCGCAGACAUUAAAGCCCGUGCUUUGCAGGCCCGAGGGGCGAGAGGCUACCACUGCAAUCGAGAGGCGGCCGCCACUGCCAUCGGAGGGGGGGGUGGCCCGGGUGGAGGUGGCAGUGGGGCCAUCGAUGAGGGAGGUGGCAGAGACGGCAGCAGUAGUGAUGGUAGUGAGGCCUGUGGCCACUCUGAGCCCAGGGGAGCCUCAAGCAACCCUGGAGAGAGUGCGUCAGAUCUACAGCGAACACAACUACUGCCGUCUUGUCCUCUGAAUGGAGAGCACACUCAGGCUGAUGCCGCCAUGGUCAGAGCCAAAGGAGAGGACUCUGCUUCUCUCGGAAAGGAAGAGAACGGCCUGUUGAAGAGGGCCCCAGGUGUGCUUACAAGUGGACUGGAAGAUGCCUCCCAACCCCCUGUUGCUCCCACUGGAGACCAGCCCUGUCAGGCUUUGCCCCCUCUGUCCUCCCAAACUCCAGUGGCUGAGAUGUUAGCAGAGCAGGCUAAGUUGCUUCCAGAAGAUAGGACUGAGUGUGAGCCCAGUAAUCCUUCCUGGGAGAAGGGUGGUGAAGAUCAAGGGCCCACCGUCCCCUCAGAGGGUAGUUCUGGACAGUCUCCAUUGGGAGAUCUACUAGGAGGAGGAAGUGACCGGGUCUUUGAUAAUAUGAAGGAGCCUGUAAAUAUGACACCUGCUUUUAUAUCUGAGUUGUCAUUGGCUAACUCCCUACAGGAUAGACCUUCUGAUGAUGAGUUAGGAGUUGGUGCCACAGGCCCCCACAUAAGGGAGAGUAGACAAGAAACUUUGAAAACUGAGGCUUUUGUAUCUGGUAGUCCUGGCUCCUGGGUACCCAUUCUGUCAAAUUAUGAGGUAAUAAAAGAAUCUUAUCCAGAAGCCAGAGAAAAUGCACCAUGUCUGGAACCCCAGGAUGGAAAAGGGUGGGAGAGAACUGUUCCCCUUGUUGCUGCCGUGCCUGGGGAGCAUGCAGAAGUUUUGCCCCACCAUGAGAGCUGUGCUUCACACUGGACUGCACCUCCUCCAGGAGUCAUGGGCAGCACUUGCAGUGACAGUCAGCAGGUAGACCUUGAAAGACUGGAAAUGAAUGGCAUCUCUGACAUACUGAGUCCUCACAACGAAUCCACAGAUACAGCCUCUGACUCUGAAGGCCACUUUUCUGAGGACAGCAGUGAGGUUGAUGCAUGUGAAAUCACAGUGGUAAAAGGGUUGUUGUGUGGGAGUGAAAAACAGGACUGGGACCCAUCUGCCUCACUGUCCAAGGCAAGCACUGACCUAAGUGUGCUUACAAGGACAGAAGGGGUGGCUACUCCUCAGAGCUGGGUAUCUAGAGUAUGUGCAGUCCCCCACAAGAUCCCAGACUCCCUGCUGCUGUCCAGUACUGAGUGCCAGCCCCGGUCUGUGUGCCCACCAAAGCCUGGUUCUUCAGCGGAGAUUACAAACCCACUUGUGAUGCACCUGCUGCAUGGUAAUUUGCCCCUGGAGAAGGUUCUUGCUCCAGAUCAUAGAAGCAACCAACCUGAAUCCCCACAGCUGCCACUUAGAGAACAGAACCAGGAUAGAGGCACUCUGCAAGGUACAGGGGGAGACAAUCACCUAGUUGCCAGAAGCAACCCUGGUUCUGUACAAGCAUUGAAAGAGUCUAUUCUGGCCCAAAGCUAUGGAGCAAGUGCUGGUCUUGUCAGGGCAAAGGCCUCCAAAGCUCCUGGAAUGUCCCAGAAGAUUGCCAGGUUGGUUCUAAGUUCAGACUCCCAGCAUCCAGUGACAGAACUGACACCUUCCUCUAGCAACCUGGAAGAAAUAGAUUCCAAAGAGCAUCUCUCUUCCUUCCUUUGCGAAGAGCAGAAAGAAGCCCAUUCCCUGUCUCAAGGCAGUGAUCCAGGUGCUGCCCCAGGCCAGUUUCUAGGAGAUCACACUACCUCCAAAGUGCCAUGUUUCUCCUCCACAAAUGUGAGCCUCUCCUUUGGGUCUGAGCAGACAGAUGGGACCCUGAGUGAUCAGAGCAAUGUUGGUGGUCGCGAGAAGAAACUGUUUGGUCCUAGGAAUACAGUUGCCACCCUUCAGUACCCUAGGUCUGAAGAGCAGAUACCACUACCUGCUGAGGUCCCUCCAGUGUUUCCCAGUAGGAAGAUAGAACCAAGCAAAAACUCUGUGCCUGAUGGUGUGCAGACUGCAAGGGAAAACAGGACGCCCAAACCACCAGCUGUCUCUGCUGGCAGCAUCAAGACAGAGCAGACAUUUUUGAGGGAUCCCAUUAAAGCAGAUGCAGAGAACAGAAAAGCUGCAGGGUACAGUUCUCUGGAACUAGUGGGUCACUUGCAAGGAAUGCCUUUUGUUGUGGACCUGCCUUUCUGGAAAUUACCCAGAGAGCCAGGGAAAGGGUUCAGUCAACCCCUGGAGCCGCCUUCCAUCCCCUCCCAACUCAGCAUCAAGCAGGCUUUGUAUGGGAAGUUUUCUAAACUCCAGCUGAGUCCCACCAGCUUUAAUUACUCCUCCAGCUCUGCCGCCUUUCCCAAAGGCCUCGCUGGUGGUGUGGUGCAGCUGAGCCACAAAGCCAGCUUUGGUACAGGCCACACUGCAUCACUGUCCCUACAAAUGUUCACUGACAGCAGUGCAGUAGAAAGCAUCUCUCUCCAGUGUGCAUGCAGCCUGAAAGCCAUGAUCAUGUGCCAAGGCUGCGGAGCGUUCUGCCAUGAUGACUGCAUUGGACCUUCAAAGCUCUGUGUAUUGUGCCUUGUGGUGAGAUAAUAAAUUAUGGCCAUUGGAAACAUUGUACAUUUAGUGUGUGUAUUUUAAUAAUGGUUGAUCUUAAAUCUGUGUACAAAAUAUCACUGAUAUAAUGAACUCUCACUCUAGAUGAGAUAAAUCUUGCCUCCCCAUGAAAUUUAUAGUGCUGAAGUCCUCUGUCACUUGGCACCCUUCUAGCCUUGCCAGAAGGGUAUUCCGGGAGAAGGGGGCACUAUGGUUGCCUAAGACCAUCCAGCCUAAACCUCUUGUAGUCAGGCAGUACAGUGUGGCAGGGCAACCUGUCUGACACCCAAAUGGACUUGAAAUUGAAGCAGGAAGGUUGGGUUCUCCAUGGAUGGAACUCACCUGCCUAAACUAAGCAGGAAUGUCAGUCUUCCACUGCCCCUCCCUGCCAUCUUCUGCUUAGCUUGGGGAGUUGAUGGUUGCAGAAGCCACACAGGGUUAAAGUAACUUCCGUCUUUACCCACCAGGGGAUCAAACACCCAAUGACCUUGAUGUCAUAUUCUGUCAUUUGCCAGUUGAUGGAGCCAAGUUGACCUUUGGUUCUGGUGCUUCACCCAGUUUGGAACUUUAAUCUGUAACCCAGGGAUCCACGGAUUCUCUUGGAAGCUUGAAUAGCCCUUCUUGGACAAUGGGGUCUGGAAAUAGGGCUGUCUGCUGUGGAAAUGCUAUCUGUAGACUUCAGAGUCAACUGUACAGAUGUUUGCAGGGGACUCCUGCUUGCCACCCACCCGUCACAUUUGAUUCCGUGGGAGUGGGCACCCAUGCACCUGUGUAUGUGAAAGUCAUUUUACAUUUCCAAGCAGUCUGUUUCUUAUUUUUAUAUUUUAACUCUAUUCUUGGAUGUAUAAAGUGAACCUUUUCGCUUCUGUAAGUAUGCUCUAUGCACCUAACGUUUUAUCCUGUAUUUAUAUGUUGUACACAGUAUUGGCCAAUUCUGUAAAUGGAUGUAUUGUACAGAGAACAUGAACGUCUCUUCCUUAGUUUACGUCUUCAGCACCCUUGAUUAAAAUGGUGUUGUCUACUUCCGUGCACCAACUGUCAAAACCACUGAGUGCUGUGUUGCCUGAUGUGAGAAGGAAGUUACUGACUUGUGACCUAUGGUUGGCCCUGUGCCUUGUCACCUGUGUCACCAGGGAAUCUCCUGCAGUCUGCGCGCCACAGACACCAUUGAUCAAACAUGUCUUGUUCCUUGUAUCUAUUCUCUUCCAGCCUUGAGUGGCUGCGCUGCCGCCACAUAUGACAAAUUGUCAUCACCAGUGUUAAGUCCUGGAUUCAUGGGUGAGUUCCUUGGACAACCCCGAGACAGGCUUCUGGAUCUGGCUCCAGGGUCAUCACCUGUCAAAGCAAUAUUGGGGAUCGCUAGGCUCCUUUUGACUUACUUUUGACAGUAGGUUUCAGGGGAACAAAGCCAUGCCUGCUGCCUGCCUCUCUCCUAACAUGGUUCCAUCAAGUAGAUGCCCUUUGUAUUUGUCUAACCUCAUUCCGGUUCCUGCCAUUUCUGUAUUUUUACUUGAAAGUUGGGAGUCCUUGUUUAAUUUAGGUCUGUCGUCUUGUGUGAGUGUUUCUGUAUGAAGUAUAAAAAUUUGUGUGCCUUGAGCAAGUCUCAUUUUCUUUGUAAGCUGCCUCUCCGCCAUUUCAUGAGGUGGCUGUCUUUUUGGUGGGGAGGGGACUGGGGGAUCCAUGAAGUAUGAGUGAGGAGCUGGUAGUGAAUUCAGUAUUGGCCAAGUCCAUGUUGUGUGCUCAGAAGUCUCUUUACCAAAGACCAGGAGCAGGAGCCAAGCAUGUCCAGUCCUCCUCUUGUGCGACCUUUGACAGUGGUCUGGUCCACGGGGCUGCUCAGAAAAGCGCUGCUCUUGUAUGUCUCACUGGUAUUGGAAAAUAAACCUGUACAACCUGCA